GCUACAAGCAUUUUUGUACACAUCCUCUUUAAUGUAUGAUAGUUUCUCCGGACAUUAUAGCCAGGAGUACAACUGCAGGGUCUUCGCGCCUUGAACUUUUAUCAGAGACUGGCAAAAAGCUACUUAAAGUAGUGGUACCACGUGAUGGCUUUUGAGUCUCAUCUCUCCCGCUGGAUAGUAAACGCCUUGGUACUGGGACUCUGCCUGUCGUACUUAACCAUGGCAUUUCCAAAACAGUGGACAGGAGACACUAACACCCAUUUGUAUGGUGAAUGAAUGGCUGGACGCAGGAAUUUAGCAGAAUGUCUUUCAGGGGAGUGGUCAGAGGCCUUCUGGAUGUUUUUCUCCCCGAGGACAAAAAGCACUGUGGCAGAAAAGGAGAACCCUGGCUCUUCACUUAGGAAGCGUCCCGAGCGUAGGGCCGAGAGUGGCCCGGCCCCUCGGACCCUCCCGCGCGGGCUGGCACCGCCCUGGGCUCCUGCAUUCCCCCACCCUCCGAGGGUGACUCAGGCGGCGGUGACGGCAUUCGAGAGGGAGGUGAUGACGGGCGCGCGGCCGUGCGCCGCGGAGAAGCGCAGAGCUCGGGAGCGCGGCGGCGGCGGCGGCGGCGGAGGAGGAGGAGGGCCCGCCGCGAAUGCGGCGCCGGGGCGGGAGCGGCGGCUGGUGGAGGCGGCAGGCGGCAUGAGCGGAGCGCGGGGCGCGGGCCUGGCGAUGGCUGCGCUGCUGCUGGCCGCGUCCGUGCUGAGCGCCGCACUGCUGGCCUCCGGCGGCUCCCCGGAGCGCGGCGCCGAGGCCGAGCCGCCUCGAGACUUAGAUAAAAAAAGGCAUAUAGAGCUGAAGAUGGACCAGGCUUUGCUGCUCAUCCAUAAUGAACUACUUGGGACGAACUUGACUGUCUACUGGAAUUCUGAACGCUGUUAUCAUUGUUUGCUUCAGGCUCUGGUAAAUGUCUCUGGGAGUGCAGAACAUGGGAAGCCUAGCAUUGCAGCUGCUGCUGUGAGCACCCAGCAUGGAUCCAUCCUGCAACUUAACGACACCUUGGAAGAGAAGGAAGUUUGUAGGCUGGAAUACAAAUUUGGCGAAUUCGGAAACUAUUCUCUCUUGGUAAAGCACGUCCAUAAUGGAGUCAGUGAAAUUGGUUGUGACCUAGUUGUCAAUAAGAACCCAGUUGACAGUAACCUUCCUGUGAGUAUCGCAUUCCUUGUUGGUCUAGUGAUGAUCAUUGCAGUGUGCUUUCUAAGGUUCUUGUUGAGUUUGGACGACUUUAAUAAUUGGAUUUCUAAAGCAAUAAAUUCUCGGGAAACUGAUCGCCUCAUUAAUUCUGAGCUGGGCUCCCCGAGCAGGGCGGACCAGCUCAGCGGCGACACCCAAUCGGAAGCCUGGCGUCCGUCCGCUGUGCGCUUGCGCCUGCACAGCAUGGACACGUUCAGGGGGAUAGCUCUCAUCCUCAUGGUCUUCGUUAAUUAUGGAGGAGGAAAAUAUUGGUACUUCAAACAUGCAAGUUGGAAUGGACUGACAGUGGCUGACCUUGUGUUCCCAUGGUUUGUGUUUAUUAUGGGAUCUUCGAUUUUUCUAUCAAUGACCACCAUACUGCAGCGGGGAUGUUCAAAACUCAGAUUACUGGGGAAAAUUGCAUGGAGGAGUUUCCUGUUAAUCUGUAUAGGAAUUAUCAUUGUGAACCCCAAUUAUUGCCUUGGUCCAUUGUCUUGGGAUAAAGUACGAAUCCCUGGAGUGCUCCAGCGGCUGGGGGUGACAUAUUUUGUGGUUGCUGUGUUGGAGCUCAUCUUUGCAAAACCCGUGCCUGACAGUUGUGCCUCGGAGAGAAGGUGCUCUUCCCUUCAAGAUGUCAUAUCCAGCUGGCCCCAGUGGCUCUUCAUUUUGAUGCUGGAAAGCAUUUGGUUGGUGUUGACAUUCUUCUUACCUGUUCCUGGAUGCCCUACUGGUUAUCUUGGCCCUGGCGGCAUUGGAGAUCUGGGGAAGUAUCCGAAUUGCACUGGAGGAGCUGCUGGCUACAUUGACCGCUUGCUGCUGGGAGAUGAUCACCUUUACCAGCACCCCUCCUCGACUGUGCUUUAUCACACCACGGUGGCCUACGAUCCAGAAGGAAUCCUAGGGACCAUCAACUCCAUUGUGAUGGCAUUUUUAGGAGUUCAGGCAGGAAAAAUACUCUUGUAUUACAAGGAUCAGACCAAAGACAUCCUGAUUAGAUUCACUGCAUGGUGUUGUUUUCUAGGGCUUAUCUCUGUUGCUUUCACGAAAAUUUCUGAAAAUGAAGGAUUUAUUCCAGUAAACAAAAAUCUCUGGUCCGUUUCGUACAUCACUACGCUCAGCUCCUUUGCCUUCUUCAUCCUGCUUCUCCUGUACCCCCUUGUGGACGUGAAGGGACUGUGGACAGGAGCCCCAUUCUUGUACCCAGGCAUGAAUUCCAUCCUGGUGUACGUCGGCCACGAGGUCUUCCAGAAUUACUUCCCCUUCCAGUGGAAGCUGCAGGACAACCAGUCGCACAAAGAGCAUCUGAUUCAGAACAUCGUCGCCACUGCUCUCUGGGUGUUCAUUGCCUACAUUCUCUAUAAAAAGAAGGUGUUUUGGAAGAUCUGACAGCUGCAGCUGAAGCGUGCUGCUGGCACACUCUAGUGGGCCUGGGGGCCUUUAUUAAAGGGACUCACUAAUUAUAAAACCUUUAAGAUGUGUGUUUCCAGAUUGCUGGGGAAGGUGCUGGUGUACUCAGGCAAGCGGACUGUGACCUGGCUCAUCAGAACUCCACCUGUGUAGUUGGGACUUACAAAUUUGAAAUGUAAAUUAUCUUUUUUCCUCCAUCUUCUAUGUAAAUGGAUGGAUUUGGAACUUUAUUCUAAGGAUUUCUCAGUUAACUUUUCAAAAGGAAAUUACCAUGGGCGUUUUGCUUCUGUGACGGGGAAAAAACAACAACUAUGGUCUGAUUCUUACUGAUCUUGUUUUCCUGCAAACUGCCUCUCCAUGUGUAUACAUGCCAACCAAGAAUACCAUCAUCUGUUGUGGCUGACUAUAAAGCUUAUUGAAUGUGACGUGUAGUAAUAUAGUCUAAUAUUCUUUGGUUAAGCGAAGUUUAAUAUUUCAAGAAAGUCAGGGUAAUUUCCUUUUCAGGUCUGCAAGGCAUUAGUGGGUCCAAAAAAAAUUGCCUUUCAAUCAAGCCAUUUUCUCCUUUUCCCCACUUGAAAAAAAAAGUUGAAUUAUGGAUGUGUUAUUUUCAGCCACUCUUGUUUAGUUAUUGCUUAUGUACUUAACUAUUUACCUAUCAGUCAUCUAUCUAUCUAUCUAUCUAUCUACCUAUCUAUCUAUCUAUCUAUCUAUCUAUCAUCAUCUCUCUAUCCAUUCUGACCACCCACUUUCUCACCUGUCUUUCUCUCUGUGUACCUAGAUGGUAGCUGGUACCCAGGGACAUAGCUGUGGAAGAGAGAAAAGCCAACUGUCUUGCUUUGGCUCCAGCUUUGCCAUCCUUGCGUGUAAAAUAUUGGGCAAGUCCCUUGGCCUGUGUGGGCCUCAGGUUUGUCAUCUGUGAAACGAGGGAGAUAGUGAUGACCUCUCAGGUCCCUUCCAACCCUUAGUCAGACACAGUGAGGUGGGAUACAUCAGUAGCUUUUCUGAAACCCUUAGAAAACUAACUUCAUUAUGGAAAACUCUUGAAAAUAAAUGAUAAGGAAAAGUUUUAAAAACUCUCAUUGGAGUAAGUCUUUUUAGAAUGACCCUCCACAAUGGAGGCACCUUUCCUGCCUGGAAUCACUAAACUGAAGUAGUAGUUUCUCAGGAGUGAGGAUGGGAGAACACACAAAGAGAAACAGCACUUUUCAUAUGAUGCAUCAUCAUACUUAUGAAUUUUCUGUGAGAAUUCCAUAUUUAAGGAAAAUGUGACAAUAGUUUGUACUUUAGAGCAUCCUUCUGUGGUGAGAUGGGGCCAUCUCAACAUCGCUUCGACUGUCGCCACUGCGUGGGUGACUUCCUAGUCUGUUUCCAGUGCAGACCUCUACCCUGAACUCUCAUUCCAACUUUAACUGCCUGCAGAACCCCUCCACCUGGACAUCUGCCAGCAUCCAGGCUCACGUCUUCCCUGCUUUCUUCUUCGGAAUUCAAACCUUUUCCUCUUUGGAUUUUCCUAGCUUUGUGAGUGGAUCAUUCGCAACGCCAUAUAAAACUGCCGUCUCUCACCCACCUACCUCCUUUUCUCCGCUUUUUCCAUAUUUAGUCGUUACCAAAUCUCAAUUCUGUCUCCAUCUUCCCCUGUAUCUUCAUUCUUAUUGUCACCACCUUUUUACUCUAGUCCAGAUCCUUAGAAUUCUUUUUAAACUGGCCUUCCCUCAGUCCCUCCUUCCGUAAAGCAACUAGGUUAAGCUUUAUGAAGCCGAGUUCUGAGCUAAUCACCUCUUUGUAAAAACUUACACUGAAGUUGAAACAGCUUUGCCCGGCAUACAUAACCAUCCGCAUUGAGCCCAACACACGUUCCCAGCUUUCCCUCCCCACCCUCUAUGCCCAUCCCACUUUUUCCAGCCCACCUCCCACCUCCAUCACUUAGCCAGGACCGCCUGGUUCUGACUUUGAUUAUAGUCUUCCUGGAUUGCUUUUUCCUCUAAUUCUCUCCAUUUUUUCCCAAAAAAGUGACAUUUGACCUGUCACUUUAGACCCCAUAUUUCUAAGGCACCUCUCUUUUAUUCUCGUCGAAAAAUAGUCUUUUCUUCCUCUGGGCUCUCAUAGUAUCUUACUGGGAUCAAUCUCAUGGCACUCAUCACUUUAUGACUUGUAUGAUAGCUAUUUGUGUACAUGUCUAGUUUCCCAUGCUGAACUGUGAGCUUGUUAAGGGCAAGGAUUAUGCCCUUUUCAUUGCAUAUUUUUCAUGGCACAAACACAGUCCCUCCUACAUAACCAGCACUAAAUAAACAUUUAUUAAAGCAAA